AUGACAGAGCACGAGAACACGCCACGCCUGGAGCUCGAGGCCGCUCUCGGAUACAGCGGCAACCUGCCUGGUAGCCUGGUCGCCCACCCCGAUCAGAAGCAUCUGCUAUAUGCCCUUGGCGCCUGCAUUGUGAUUCGUGACGCCAACGACGCGGAAAGCUCCGAGUUUUUCUACGGCCACAAUGACAAGAUCAGCUGUCUCACCGUGAGCGUGUCGGGUCGCUACGUGGCGUCGGGGCAGGUGACCCACCCGGGGUUUCAGGCGGACGUCUGCAUCUUCGACUUUGCGGAGCGCCGCCUCAUCCACCGCAUGCUCCUGCACAAGGUGAAGGUGCAGGCGCUCGCUUUCUCGCUGGAUGAGCAGUAUCUGGCCUCCGUCGGAGGCCCCGACGACAACACGGUUGUCCUGUGGGACGUCAAGACGGGGCGUCCGCUCUGCGGCGCUCCCGCACACCACACGGAAACGAAGGCCGUCGCCUUCUUCAACAACAACUCUGAGAAGCUCAUCACCGGCGGCGUCGGCUCCCUGCGUGUCUGGACGGUCGAUCUCGAGCAGCGAAAGAUGAACCCAGUAGACAUUAACAUGGGCAACAUGCGCCGCAGCGUGCAGACGAUCUCGAUCGAGAAGACGGACAAGUACGUCUACUGCGGCACCACCUCCGGAGACGUCAUUUGCGCGCAGCUGCAGCAGGCCAACGUCUUCAAGAUGCAGGGACCGCAGAAGAAGCUCUCUGGCGGCAUUCUGUCCACGAUCCUCACCCACACAGGCGACCUGCUGGUCGGCAGCGGUGCUGGAGAGCUGCAGCUGCUCUCGAAGAUCAACCUCACGGUGCAGAAUAGCACCACCGUCAACGGCGGCGUGACGGCACUGGCCCUCAUGGGGGAUAACUACUACGUCGGCACGAAGACGAGCAACUUGUACUUUGUGAACGGCGGCAACUUCAUGACACGACUGCGCCUCACGUGCCACAGCGAGGCGGUGCAGGACGUCGUCUUUCCCCACGGCUUCAGCUCUGUGUUUGCCACGUGCUGCGACACAGACAUCCGCGUCUGGAAUGCGAACUCGUGCACAGAGCUGCUGCGGAUCGAGGUUUCGAGCCGGACGUGCAACUGCUUGCAGUUUAGCCGCGACGGCUCGCUCAUCAUCUCCGGCUGGAGCGACGGUCGCAUCCGCGCCUUUGGCCCGCAGUCUGGAAAGCUCGUGUUUUCCGUCGCCGACGCGCACAAGGUGGAGCAGGGGAGCCGUAGCCACAAGGUUGGCGGCAAGGUCGGUGUGACGUCGGUGUGCGCCGACAACACUGGUCACCGCAUCAUCACUGGCGGCUCUGACGGUCUCGUGCGUGUCUGGGCUAUCCGCGGGGCCACCUGCACGCUGGAGGCCUCGAUGAAGGAGCACAAGGCUGCCGUGAAUGCCAUUGUCAUCUCGCACGAUGACGCCGAGUGCGUGACAGCCAGCGACGACGGCAGCUGCAUCGUGUGGGACCUGACUCGCUACCUCCGGCGCAACAUCAUGUACCGUCAGACCUAUUUUCGCGCGGUGGAGUACUACGUUGAUGAUAGCCAGCUGAUCACGUGCGGCAGUGACAAGUGCAUUGUCUACUGGGACUCCGUUGAUUGCCACGCCAUUCGCGAGGUGUGUGGUACACGCACCGCCGAGUUGAACGCACUAUCUUUAUCGCCGGAUGGACGGUUCUUUGUGACGGGUGGCAAUGAUCGCAUUGUGAAGGUGUGGGACUACGAUCGCGGUGAGUGCAUCGCGGUGGGGCUUGCGCACAGCUGCAGCAUCACCAAGGUGCGCGUAUCGCCGGACGGCAAGAAGAUUGUGUCUGUUGGCGAUGAGGGUGCCGUCAUGGUUUGGAACGUCGGCGAGCUGGCGAUUGAGGGCCUCUAA